AUGGCUUCCGAUUCGUCUGACAUACCUUCACUUAAGAACAUUGAAGUUGUUGCUGGAAAAGUGAAUCCAUCGACAGAUGUAUCAAAAUCGACAGUUGAUCCUAAUGAUUCCAAUUCGUCUGACAUACCUUCACCUAAGAACUUUGAAGAUUUUUAUGGAAAAGUCAAUCCACUAUCAGAGGUAUCAGAAUCGACAUUUGAUCCUAAUGAUUCCAAUUCGUCUGACAUCUGUUCACCUAAGAUUUCUUUAAUUGCCAAAGAAGAGGAGAAGCUGUCAAGAAAAGAAAAAAGGAAGUUGGCUUUGUUAUGUUGGAAGUGGGAAGAAGUUGUAGAUCUAUAUGAAGAUGAAGACUUGGGUGUAGAUUUUACCAUUCAUAUCACUGAAAAAGAAAUUGAAAGUUUCCAUUCAAUCUCGAAAUCGAGUCGUGAAACUUUUUGA